AAGGCUCUUUAUCCCUAUAAAAUUUCAAUAAAAUUGGUAGUGGAUUUGUCAAUGAGGCAUAUAAAUAUUCAUGCUAGGAUUAGGGUUAGACAUCAACUAACGCUAGCUAGCUACCUACCUAGCUACCCUCCUCUCUUUCCAUUUUCUUUUCAUUCCUAGCACACUCAUGAGCUCAGUGCUAUUUCCCUAGCCUUCCCUUACUAAACUUUUCAACAGUUCAAAAGCACUCUACAAGAAUAAGAGCAGAAGUGCCAGCUAGGGUUCGCAAACCAUGAAGAAGCAGCGGGUGGUGGUGAAAAGGGGUGUCGGAUCCGGGAGGGAAUCAAGUAAUACAUCAUCAUCGUCCACGGCGAGGAGCAUCCGAUAUGUGGAGUGCCAGAAAAAUCAUGCGGCGAAUAUCGGAGGAUAUGCAGUGGACGGGUGCCGUGAAUUCAUGGCCAGUGGGGCGGAAGGCACAACCAGUGCUCUUACAUGCGCUGCUUGUGGCUGCCACAGAAAUUUUCACAGAAGAGAAGUUGAAGCUGAGGUAGUUUGUGAUUAUUCCCCAAAUUACAAUGGUCAGUAGUUUGAAACAAAUAUAUGUAUGUAUAAAUAUAUGGAUCAGGGUCAUAUAUAGGAAAGGAGAAAAAAAGAAGGGGGGGAGGGGGUUGAGGUUCUGCGUUUGUGGUGGUGAUGUUGUUAUACAGGUGUGAUGGUUGAUUACUUCUUGUGCUGCUUCCUGGUUUUAUGUCAUCUUUAUUUUCAUUUUAUGGGCGAUAUCAUGAGAGUUAAGUAUUGUAUUCUUCAGAAAGGAUAAAUGAUUUCUAUUUUUGUUCUUUUUU